ACAGCGUGCGGUUGAAGAAGGCGUUGGAGCUUGCUUGGUGUCUGCGGGUGAUCUGCCACCUGCGCCCGGUCCUUCAGCCUAUCCCCCGCAUUCCUCUCUUCUUUUCUUCAUCGUCUUCAUCGUCGCCAUCACCACUGUACCCUCUCCACUCCCAUUCCUCGUCGGUUUCUGCCAGAGACAUCCACUGUGAACGACACUCAGACGAUUCUACGGAGCCCUUCCAGCAGUCAGAGCGGAACACGCCCAUCCAGAUAUCCUUUCGUCCGAUUAUCGCCGAUGCCGCUAGUGUUCUUCACCUGAUGAUUGUUGGUUACUGGGAUCAAAGGAUCAGGGCUUCGAGUGACGGUUCUUCUAUAACACAAGAUAUACUCGGCGUACAGCACGGAAAACAUGAACUUGGAGGAAUUCCUCGAGGUGGAGUCGCCGCAUGUCGACGGCAGUGAACCCGUCGACCUCCGCGCGCUGGACUACGUUGCCGGCUACGACGACCAUCUAAUGUGUCCCAUCUGCCACUGCCCCUUUGUCUGUCCAGUACGACUCCAAUGCGACCAUGUGUUCUGUCAGUCCUGUCUGAAUACCGCCAUCACCACUAUAGGAGCUAGUCCAGAUGAUUUUAAAUGCCCCAAUUGUCGGGCACCCGCCAGGGAGAUUGCCUUGACAGUGCCUCGGUUAUUGGUCAACAUGUGCAACGAAAUCGAAGUCAAGUGUCCCUUCUCCACCGAAGGCUGCGACGAGACUAUGCCUAGGGGCCAUGUUCAAACUCACGUCGACAAGUACUGCGGCUAUAGACCCGUGGAUUGCCCGGACCCGGAAUGCAACAGGAAGACGCUGAAGAAGGACCUCCAUCCGGAUAAGAAAUGCAUGCACAAGCUCCAUAGAUGUCCCAAUUGUGGUGAAGAAGUCAUGGAGCAAGAUCUUGAACAACAUUCUAAUGAGCUCUGUCCAAGUCUGGAGACAGAAUGUCGAUAUUGUCAGAUUACAGUCGUCCGGAGGGAGUUGGACGAGCAUGUGGGCGCAUGUACAAAGGCCAUCCUUCCCUGUGCGGCUUCCAAGUAUGGUUGCCCGGUUAAGGUCAAGAGAACAGACCUUAGAUCGCACGAGACUAGUUGUCCCUUGACUGCUCUGGGGCCUUACCUUGAGGCUCAGACUUCUCGGAUAGAUUCCCUCGAAUUAACUGUCCGGCACCUUCAACAACGGAAUGAGGUCUUUGAGGAUGCAUUCGCCAGCAUCCGUUCGACAUUGUUUGAAGCUUCCCCCGGACGCAGCCGCAGUAGUCGUUCAUUUAACCCAUCCUCCGAGAAUAACCAGCCUACCCCGCCUCCCGAAUCUCCCACAGAAAACCUGUCGAAUCUGCAUUCUGCGAAUGCCGAUGCCAAUGCCACAACGUACCUCCUAUCCCUUCACGAAUCGCUUCGCGAAGAGGUUGCACAGCUAUCCCGUGCCAUCACAGACCUGGACGCACGCGCAAGCAUGACAAUCAUGAAUGAAUGCCUCCGCAUCAAUGAGGACAUGGCGCAUACCAAUGCCGCCCUGAACAGUAUCCGGAUGCAGAUCCAGUGGCUUAUGAACCCUCGUCUACAUUAUCAGGCACAGAGAACUGCGGAUAUGCCGACAAGUGAUGGCAAUGAAUCAAGGCCUUCACAAAUCAGUUCCCCUGCCCCAGGCCCAAGUAGCGUAGGUGCCCACUCAUUACGGCCUAGACGGCUGAGCGAUACGGGGAGGGAGGGCACGAAACUUUGAAUUUCCUUUUUUUAUUUUUUCGUCUUCUAUGGUAUACGGAGUUUAUCUUGGUGAUAUUUUCGUUGAAAUGGGAAUUAUAGAGGGUAGGUAUGAGGUGGGCAGGGCACGGGUAUAUAUUUACUGGAUCGAGCGUUUGAAGAGACGGCGUUUGUAUUUCUUGAACAUUAUCCGAGUGGGAAUUGGUUUAGAGUAUAGGUAGUAUAGAGUAUAGUCACAUAUAAAUAAUGGAUGGAUUCUGCAU